GUGUAUUUAAAAUCUCUGUAGGCUUGAUAUUACGCAUGAAUCAGGAACAGAGCAAAGUUAGGUUCCUAGGCAUUCUACGUAGGAUAAUUUAUCGAGAUGAAGAUAUUAGCUGUUUGAGAAGUUAUUUUUAUUGUGUUCGUUAAAUUCUGUAAAAGCAGAAGACUGACGUCUAGUAGCCUAUGCUCGAGUUUCGUGUUUUCGGUUUAUCAGUGGAAGAUUUUAGCCCGAGAUACAGGGUCAUUGUGUUGCGCUUCAGACGAGACAAAUAUGUUCAACUUGGACGGACUAUAUCUCGGACAUAAGGAUCGCAAAUUUUUUGUCAGAUAUUUUGGAGUUUCAGUUUAGAAUCGUUUUUAUUGGAUGUGUGACAUAGUUUUAAGAGACCGAAAAGGUUGAGAAGAACAGUCGGUGUAGUGGCUGAUCAGCAUCGAAAGGGGAAAGGAUGUGGGGAGAUUUUAGGUUUGAACAUUUGAAACUAAAAGCGUUCACUGAACUCAAAGGUUGACACACGAUUGAAGACGUAUCUAUACAUGACUUUUGGGUGUCUUUUAAUACUUUAAAAUAUAUAUUUCGUUUUUAAUAUGGGACAAACGUGGUGCAUUUCCAUGGUACACCAGUUGGCUUCCUCGUGAAAAGCAAGAGGAAAGAGAGCUGCGCAUAGAAGGAAAAACCAGAGAUGGGGGGUGCUGCCAUGCUCACAGUGCUGCUAGCUGGGAUGUGCCUGUGGACCUCCACUGCUCAUGCAGAUCAGUCAUCCGUGGGGUCAUCAUCAGAGGGCCCUGACGACAGCGCCAACCUUCUGUGUACAUGUGAGAACAACAAGGGGACAUGUAGGAACGGCACCUGUAGGGGUGACUACUGCUUCUACACCAAGGUGCAUGGCAGAGAGGAGAGGGGCUGCUUCCAGAGGGACCACUACAAGGAACAGUGUUACACCAGCUUCCAGGGACUGUACGUCCUCUGCUGCUCCAACAACCUCUGUAAUGUCAACAGCUCCGCUCCACCAGACCCAGCAGUUGAGCCUACGGGGGAGGGGAACGGUAUGACUCUGCUGGUGGCUGCCCCCCUGCUGCUGCUCCUCUCUGUGGGUGUGUGUGGCCUGGUGUUGUGGCUCUGCUCCAGAUCACAUCACCACAGGCUUGGCUACAACAAGGACCAUGCCAUCACCAUGCUCAAGGUCCCCAGUGGGGCAGAUCCCACCUAUGGGGAUGUCUUUGAUGAGUUCUGUACCUCAGGCAGUGGGACUGGUCUGCCAUACCUGGUACAGAGGACCAUGGCUCGACAGAUCUCUCUGGUCGAGUGCAUCGGUAAGGGCCGGUAUGGAGAGGUGUGGAGAGGCACCUGGAUGGGAGAGAGUGUUGCAGUGAAGAUCUUCUCCUCCAGGGAUGAGCAGUCCUGGUUCAGAGAGACAGAGAUCUACAACACUGUACAGCUCAGACAUGACAACAUCCUGGGCUUCAUAGCAUCUGACAUGACGUCUCAGAACUCCACUACUCAGCUGUGGCUGAUCACCCACUUCCACCAGCUGGGUAGUCUCUACGACUUCCUCCAGUGCAGCAGCGUGGACCCAGAGGGCUGCCUAAGGAUGUGCCUGUCUGUAGCCUGUGGUCUUGUCCACCUUCACACAGAGAUACUCAGCUGCCAGGGCAAACCCGCCAUCGCCCACCGAGACCUGAAGAGCCGAAACAUCCUGGUCAAGAUGAACGGACAGUGCUGCAUCGCUGACCUGGGUCUGGCUGUGAUGCAUUCCCAGACCAGUGACUAUCUGGAUGUGGGGAACAACCCCAGAGUGGGAACCAAACGUUACAUGGCCCCAGAGGUCCUGGACGAGAGCAUCCGCAUGGACAUCUUUGAGUCGUACAAGCAGACAGACAUCUGGGCCCUGGGCCUAGUCCUCUGGGAGAUUUCCAGAAGGACCAUAGUAAACGAGGAUGACAUGGGCCUAAAUGAAGAUGAUGUUCUGGGAGAAGAGCCAGAGGACCUCACGAAAGAGGAUGCCAUCACUGAGGAUAAUGACAAGAAACCCAUAGUGUCUGAGGAGACGGCUGAAAAGAAAGUGGUAAAAAUCACACCCCCAGCGUCUGUGGAUGAGAGGGUACAGAAAAGAGCAGAACGCUUCAAUGUCCCUGCGUCAGCUGAUGACAAGAAGGCCAUACGUGCUGCCCGGUUUGGUUUGCCCGCUGCUGCACCUCCAACUUCCACCCCAGGUGUUACUGUGAAUAAAUCCACUGCGGUCAGCGUUGAACAGCUAAAAAAGCGAGCAGAGCGAUUUGGCGGGAACGGUUUUUCAGUUUCCAAGAAGGUUGAGGAAGAUGAAAAGCUGAAGAAGCGGAAAGAAAGAUUUGGGAUCCUCGCUGCGGUUACACCUGACGUUGAGGCAAAGAAACGGAAGCGUUCUGAACGAUUUGGAAAUGUGACUGUGUAAAUUGUGGUAUUUACAGAUGUUUUAUGUUUUUAUUUUAUUUUGUUGCAAAC